AUGGAUAAUACACAAGUUGCAAAUGAGAGUAUUACAACUCUUAAAAUCUUUGAGAACCUCUCUGUUCAAUCCUCAACAAGAUGGCAAAGAAUCUAUCCAUCGUUGUAUCUAUCUCCAUUUCUUGGUGUAAUACAAAGUGAUGAUAUUCCAACUACUGCAACCACUGUGGUCCUUCAAUCCGUUCUGAAAAUACUCCGGCUUGGGAUAUUUGAUGAAAGGACAAUCCGGGCAAAAGAUGUGAUAAAUUCAACUAUGACAGCGAUUACAGAUUGUUGUUUGGAGAGAACUAACUCGGAUUUUACAGGUCAUGACUGCUAUUAUGAGAGGUUGGGCUUCAGUUUUGCUCACUGA